UACCAAACUCAAACAAGUCUAUCCUUGCUGGGGCGAGGAUAAGAUACACCUGGCUUGAUGCACAGUUUGCCGAUCCCUUAGUUGCGGACGCUGCUGACGAAGUCGUGCAGCAACAUGCCCGCUACCACCUACUUGUACGGAUGGGGGCCCUCUUGUUCAUGGACAGGUCUGCGGACCGGGUCUCACUGCUGCCUCUGCAGUUGCUCAACCCAGUCAGCAAUGCGAGACGGUAUAGCUGGGGUAGUGCAGCAUUGGCCUGGCUGUAUAGGCAACUUUGUGGUGCAUCGAAGAAGGAUGCGAUGCAGAUUGGAGGAGCACUCUUGUUGGUGCAGCUAUGGGCCUAUUCAAGGUUCCCACAAUUAUGCCCUGUUGUGAGGCCGCCUCUACCGCCAGUGCACUCAGGGCCCCUUGCCAUUAGGUGGAGCGGGCCAAAAUGCACCGCAGAGCAUGCCACACACGUCCUUGCUGCGUACCGCACGUCACUGGCUACAGUACGGGCCGAGCAGGUAUUCGGUUAAUUUAGUUUGAAUUCUUAUGACCACGUUUCCCUCAAUUCUUAUGACUACGGGCCGAGCACGUUUCCCUCAAAUGCACCGCACAUGCUUUUAUUUUCG